AUGGCAAACUUGUUAUUUUCUUCUGAAUAAGCUGUUGAAAAUAUGUUUGAAGUAUUUUAAACAUUUCUAAUUUUUAGAAUAUUACAUGUAGAUUGACAAAUUAAGGAAUUGUAUUAAUGACAAUAACUGAUGCAAAUGUUUUAGUUAAAAAAAUGAGAGAAUUUACAGUAAAAGACUAUGAAGGUAAUUAUGUAUAUUCAAAAAACCAAUAUUUCUCAUUAAAAUUUCAGAAUCUAUAAUUCCCUAAAAAUAAACCAUUUGGUUAAUAAUACUAUUUUUAUUUGGAAGAUUCAGUUGGAAUUAAAGAAGAUAAUUAAAUUAAAUAUGUACCAGAAUAUUUAAUCGAAUUAUAAGCAUUUGAAUAGAAGGCUAAAGAAUAUAAUCUGGAAAUCAUUGAAAAUUUGAAUUUUAUUGACUUUUUUGAGAAAUAUAAAUAAAAACACUCUAAUUUACUCAAAAUUAUGGUGAAACCUCCAAGUGAUGAUUGGUAUUUCUUUAUAUAAAUUAUAAGGAAAAUGCCAUUAGAUUAAUGGGAAAUAGCGCACCUUUAUAGAGUCUUAGUUUUAAGACAUUUGAAAGGUCAAGCAUAAUCUGAAAUUAGAAGACAUCCUCAUUUAACUGAAUUGCCUGAUACUGUACUUGAAUUAGAGAAUGAAUGA